ACGUCGUCCACGUUUAGACAACUCACGCAGCUCGUAACUCUCUCCGCAGGAAUAUUUUCCUGGUGCGGCGUUCGUUCUAAAAAUUGGCUCAACCAGCUGGCGGCCGCGCGUGGGGUCUUACGAGGUUAUUUCUGGUCCUCGAAUGCAGUGAAUCGUCGGGGGUGGCUGCGAGAUGGCCAGCAAGGGAUUGCACUACACCCCGUUGGGGACGGAUGGCACUGACCACGCGUACAGGCAGCGGGUCGCCUCCCAAUAUCCGAUCAGUGCUUUAAAUAAAUCAAGGCUAAAGCAUUGCAUAUUUUUCCAUUAUUUACUGUUCUUUGUUAUGUUAGCCAAGUUAUCAGCUGAUAUAUUAGACAAAUUAGAUAUAUUUAUCUUAGAAAUUGAAGAGCUUAGAAUUCCACAGCCACUUUGGUGGGAAUACAUUUGGUGCAUCAGCCUGUUAUUCUCGUUCUUGGGACUGGCCGCAAUCCGAAAAAAUCGCGUCAAACCGAUGCAGCACUAUCUCAUCGGUUUGCUCGCUUUUGGUUACCUGCCUUGCCUGUAUGGCUUUGCGUUUUACUUUGGCGACGUCUGGACGUAUUUGACGUGCGAUCCAGAACUUGAAGAUGAUAUGCGUGAUUUGGACAAUGUUCACAUGUGGCAAGGAAUGCCAUAUGGUCUUCUAUGGUACGGUUUCAUAAUCGUCGCGAUACAAAUCCACGCAUUCUCAACGUACUUUGCGUACAAUUUGCUCAAGGCGUGGAAAUCGCGAGGUGGCCGCAAAAUGGAAUGAUGGAGAAGAUGCAUUUUGUAACUUCACUACCAAAAACCCGACAAUGUUUUCAAAACUUCAAAUGAGCAAUACAUGCAUAGUUAUAAACGAAACUUUUCUAUUAUUUCAUUGUCUGUCAUUGUGUUCAUUAAUUAAAUUAUAAAUUCAUCAAAAUCUGUCGAUUUUUUUGAUAAUGUUAUGUUUGAAAGACAAAAUCUAUGUAAUAAAUUAUUGCUGUCUAAUAAAAUUUAUAAAUUUA